GAGAGGUGACCGGGUCUGGGGGAAGGUGAAUGUGUGCACGCGUGCAUGAGUGUGUCUGUGUGUUUGUGCGUGCGUCGUGCGUCUGGCGGAGGGACUGCGGGAGCAGGAGCGAGCCUCACAACUUCCCUCCGCUGUGCGCCGCUCUGCCCUCGGUGGUGUCGCCGCCUGACUCCCUCUUCUCCCCGGGACACAUGCAGGCAGCUGGCGCGGUGAGAUGUGAAGAGGCUUGAAGUAUGGCAUGCAAACAUGGUGUCUGCCAAGAAGAAGGAGAUGGUGACAGCAGCGACGCGUCCCGCUUUUAUUCGGACCCUCUUCUACUUUUUCUGUUUGGCGACUUGUGUAAAGAAAGGCUCUGGUCAGACCAAGAAGGAUGAGAGGAUCUAUCCGGAGAAUUUUACGCGCAUUUUAGACCGACUUCUGGACGGAUACGACAACAGGCUUCGACCUGGGUUUGGAGGUCCUGUGACUGAAGUCAAGACAGAUAUUUAUGUGACAAGUUUUGGGCCUGUUUCGGAUGUUGAAAUGGAGUACACAAUGGACGUAUUCUUCCGUCAGACGUGGGUCGACCGGAGGUUGAUGUAUGAGGGCCCGAUUGAGAUUUUAAGGCUCAACAACCUGAUGGUGACCAAGGUGUGGACACCAGACACGUUCUUCAGGAACGGCAAGAAGUCCGUGGCUCACAACAUGACGGCUCCCAACAAGCUCUUCCGCAUCAUGAAGAAUGGCACCAUCCUCUACACCAUGAGGUUGACGAUCAAUGCCGAGUGUCCCAUGAAGCUCGUGGACUUCCCCAUGGACGGACACGCAUGCCCGCUCAAGUUUGGAAGUUAUGCCUAUCCCAAAACGGAAGUGAUCUAUACUUGGACCAAAGGGCCUCAGCAUUCGGUGGAGGUGCCCCCCGAGUCCUCCAGCCUCGUUCAGUAUGAUCUCAUCGGACAGACGGUCUCCAGUGAAACCAUCAAAUCCAUCACCGGUGAAUAUGUGGUGAUGACGGUCUACUUCCACUUGAAACGUAAAAUGGGCUACUUCAUGAUUCAGACGUAUAUCCCCUGCAUAAUGACAGUAAUCCUCUCCCAAGUGUCCUUCUGGAUAAAUAAAGAAUCAGUCCCGGCACGCACAGUCUUCGGCAUCACCACUGUCCUGACCAUGACGACACUCAGCAUCAGCGCUCGCCACUCCCUUCCCAAGGUCUCCUACGCCACUGCCAUGGACUGGUUCAUCGCUGUCUGCUUUGCCUUCGUCUUCUCUGCCCUAAUUGAGUUUGCUGCUGUAAACUACUUCACCCAAACGCAGAUUGAGCGGGCCAAAAAGAAGCCGGCCAAAUGUCCCCCGGUUCCGCAAACCACGCCUGUCAAGGUCAAGGACACCGAGGAAGUGCUGCAGCUAAACCCUGACACCAACGGCAACCUGAGAAAGCGGAUGCAUUACAUUGCCCACCUAGAGGCAUGCAGUCACCAGAGAGCGCAGUCCACCACCAGCAUUUCGGGAGUGGGAAGAGCCAGACCUCAGCGACCUUUAGCCAGUGGCGCCAACGGCAGCUCCUCCACCCUCUCCCGCUCCAGCCCCAAGUCUGAGAGCCUGCUCAGCGUGGCGUCCUCCUCGGCCCAGCUGGUGAAGAGUACGCCCCAGGCUGCUGCUUCCACGCCAGACGUGAUGGCGGGGACCCCGUGCAAACAGAACACCAGCUCCACGUCACUGCAGCAUCUGCUGGUCCCCAAGCUGGAGCGCAUCCAGAUGAUGGGGAACAAGCUGGAGCCCAAGCAGACACCGUGCUCCCAGCCCACCACCGCUGGUAUGGGUGGAACCAGCAAAAUUGACAAGUACGCACGGAUCCUGUUCCCGGUGUCAUUUGGGGCAUUUAACAUGGUCUACUGGGUGGUUUACUUAUCAAAGGACACAGCGGUGGAUACAGGUGGUUAGACUUUGCUCUGGAAACAAGAGUGAAGGUUGUUUCUUUUGCCAAAUGGAAAGCGUAUAAGGAUUAUACUAGAGGAAACUGUUGUUCUCGCCAAACAGAUAAACAACAUGUGCUCGCCAGGCUCUUCCAUAUCCUAGAGAACGAACUCUGAAUACAUUUAUAUUUUUCUUCUAAAGGUCCUCGAGCAUGGGAGCAAGCAAACCAAAUUAGAAAUAUCUGACUCCACACAACUGAGAGCACCUGCGCACCGGAAUAUGCUACUGUCCUCUUUAUAUUACACCAUGCCACGUGUGACUGUAAAGGAUUGCAUUGGACUCAACUGCCUCAU